CGUAAAGCUUUUCCGGGUCGUAGGCUCUCGUUCAAGCGAGUCCAGUCUAAAUGUAGAAAAUUUCCAACACAGCCAGAAAUUGAAAGCUGCUCAAUAAGUAACUGGGAACAAAUAUCCCCAGAGGGGACAGUAACCUAAUUAUUCUAAAACUCAAGAACCCAACAGAAGAGGAUGCACAAGCAACAUUUGCCCUUCAAUGGCGGCCCGGGAGGAUUCGGAGCCAGCGCCUUCAACUUCAAUGCCCCGCAGUUCGGCGAAGGCGCUGGUUUCGCCGAGGGUCUCAACGGGAUGCCGUUUCUGGGUAAGACGCCCACCAAACCGCUGAUGCGCUCCAUUAGCCGCAAGCGCUUGCUGGUCGAUGGGGCUGGUCUAGACUCGCUGCCGCCACCUCUUCCUGCGAUGUCCCAGCACAUCCUGAGUGGCGGCGGAGUGGGACGUGGCCAACGCUUCCCAGUACCGCCCAUCUCCACUUACUAUGGCCACUACGAGGGCGACCAUUCAACGUCAUCGAUGUCCAAGCUAAAGAACACCUCCGCACCGGAAAACUCGGAUGAGACUCAAUGGCAUGAGAAAAAUACACCGGCUCAAGCCACCGACUUGACUUCGGAAACCGACUCCGAGAGUGACCUAUGCAGCAAGCAGAACGGCUCAGAGUUGCCGGAAUCCCGCUGGCGGCGUGCCUUCGGCUACAUAAUGGACACUCAGCCGGAGCAGCGGCGCCAACGCCUGCAGGUGAUGAUCAAGCGCUGUGGACAGUCGGCCAUCGCCAAGCAUCUGCUGGUGCUGCUGCAACUGCUGGCCCUGGUGGCGGUUGUGGGUUUCCGCCAGGUCACCCGAUUCGGAUGGCUCUGCGGCGGCGUUCGCUAUCCCAUGGGUUGCGCCAAAUUCCAGUUGCGCAGCUACCUGCGCCAGAUGCUAUGGCGCCUGGCCAAUGCCAAGGGCAAUGACACCUUGCUCUUUCUCAUCGUGGUGCUGGUGACGCCCUGGCUAUUCCUCCUCAGCCUGGUGGGCUUCGCCAUAUCCUUCGUCUUUUCCAUGAGAACCGGCGUGGCGGAGGGAGUUCGUCAGCUGCGCCGACGCGCAUUUUAACCCAUUGGUGGGCAAGGAGCAGCGCCCAGAAGCUCAGCACCCCAAGCCAUCAGACAGACUUCACACAAGGACACUAGAGCAGCGCAUUCCACAAAAUCACACCUGACACAUCGCAAGAAGAAACCACCUGAACAUAAACUAUAUUUUGUGUUGCAGCAACAAAAUAAAAAAAAAGAAACGUA